UUGACCUUUCGGGAAAUUUUCACUUCUUAUUCCAUCGAAAUGAUGAAUUUUGAUGUGUUGUACUGAGCAUACUCCGAGGGGAAUUUCGCCACGUGCGGACCGUGACAAAGCAAAUUUAAAUACAGAUAUAUUUGGAGUUAUUUGUGAACUAUUCGAAGACAUCGGGCUUUGAAUAAUUGCAACAAAACCACGUUCGUCAUGGGGGGCGGUGGAAGCCAUCAUGAAACUCACUUUAAUUACAUCGACCGUACAGCCGAAAUAAUCAGAGAAGCACAACGAAGGGAAGAACAACGAAUGGCUGAGGAAAGACGACAAAGAGAGAUCGCAGAAUUAUAACGAAUUCAGCGAGAAACGGAAGCUCGCGCAGCACUCGAAAGGCAGCGAUUUCUGGAGGAACAAGAGCGGAUCAGAAGAGCCGAGGAAGAAAUAAAAAGAAUCGAAAACGAACGUUUAGAGCGUGAAAGACAGAGGUUGAGAGUUUUGCAAGAGAGGGCAUCAAAACAACGCCGGUCAUUGUUUGAUUACAAACUUGGCUGCAUGACUGGCUUGAGGAAUGUUCAAAUCCAAKCUAGCGAAUUUAAAAAGCUUCGCAUAGGUGUGUUUGGCCCAACCGGAUCUGGAAAGAGCUGUUUUAUCAAUACAUGCGAGCGAACAGUGCGACAAACAGACAAGGGCUCUGUUCCAAUUGCAACGACUGGUUCUGAAGGGACUAUCAUUCUGGAAGACUACUUAACUGAGAUGUUUUUCCGACUGGUCGAUACCCGGGGUUUUUUCAGCUACGACCACCAUGAGGGCAGGGAAAUGAAUGACAUUCUUUACGGUAGGAUUAAGUCGGGUGAUGUCAUUAAGAGAGGGAGUGACCGACUAAACUACAAGUCUCCAGCAAAGAAGAAGGAUGUACCUUUUGAAGAUUGGUUACAUGCAGUCAUACUAGUCGUGAAAGCUAAUGACAUAAGGCUUAAGAAUGGAUCGCUAGAGAUGUACCUCAAGCCUGUCCGUGAUAUUCUGCAUUCUGUAGGAAUGUGUCCAGUAACUGUUGUUACUCACAAAGACACCCUGGACAACAAACAAGAAUGCACUAACGCACUACAAUGUGCUGCCGCAGCAACAGGAAGCUCACUCACCGACACCUUCUUUGUAGCUAACUACUGUCCCAAUAACCCGGGUCCUGAUGUGGAGACUGAGCUACAAAUCUUUGAGAUUCUCAAUUGUACUCUCAAAGCAUCAGAGGAGUACAUUGAAAAUGCUAAGCGAAAGAAACACGAGAAGAUUAAAAGAGAGAUGAACAAGGUGUUAUGUGGCAAAGUAAAUAAAAAACCUGACUCAAUUGUAUCGCAUGCCCCUAUUGGACUCUUUUUACACAUUUUACAUGCCAAACACAGCUGGAAAGAUAUUGAUGUCCCCACGUUGACAGAGUUACUUAUGGAGCAAGAUGUCACUUCUCUUGGAAUUCUAGCAGCAUGUUGGAUAGAAAUCAAUACUUUACUGCCUUUAUGUGUAAUGACUGCAAUUGAAACUGACUUGAGGAAAAUGCUGAUGAUUUGAUAGAAAUCAAUACUUUACUGCUUCUAUGUGUAUAUCACAGCAAAUAAAUCUGGAAAAUGCUAAUUGCUUUGAAUGGAAAAUGUGUGCUUACAUUAUUAUGUAUUAUAAGUUGUUUUAAAGAAAAUAAAAACGGGCCACAACUA